UAGCCAAAUUGAGGUUAUGUUACGCUAGUUCCGUCUAAGCUAGCUGUAAUAACAGAAGCGUGCAGGCAGGCCUGCACAGUAUUUUCUAUUAAAUUUGUGCUUUAUGUGAACGUAAAUAAAAUGCAGGUCUCAGAUCCUAAUAAUGUGAAAAUCUACAACUUGAGUGCGGGCAAAUCUCUUCCCGAGUGGUUAUCAGAGAGAAAGCGACGAAGUUUACUAAAAAAAAAUGCCGAUAUCAGAAGACGCAUCGAACUUAUUCAGGAUUUUGAUAUGCCUGGAAUUAGUACGUCUGUCAAAGUUUCCAGGGAUGGCCAAUAUAUUUUUGCUACUGGCAUAUAUAAGCCAAGGGUAAAAUGUUUUGACGUGAACAACCUAUCCCUUAAAUUUGAGCGCUGCUUCGAUUCUGAAGUUCUCACAUUUGAAAUAUUGUCUGACGACUACAGUAAGUUAGUCUUCUUGCACUGUGAUAGAUACAUUGAAUUUCAUUCGGCGCAAGGGAAAUAUUAUAGACUUAGGAUACCCCGGUUUGGAAGAGACAUGCAGUACCAUUAUCCGUCCUGCGACCUAUUUGUUGUUGGUGCUAGCAAUGAGAUCUAUCGACUGAACCUAGAGAGGGGACAAUUUUUACAAUCAUUAUUUACGGAGGCCUCUGGGAUAAACAGGUGCACCAUAAAUCCUAUUCAUCAUUCGCUAAUGAUUGGUACUCAGGAAGGACGAAUCGAAGCCUGGGAUCCUCGUACCAGAAACAAAGUUGGUACAUUAGACUGCGCGUUUCAUUGUGUCACCGAAAAUACCCAACUUGAAGGAUUUCCGUCAAUUACUGCCCUCAAGUUUCAGGAUGCACUUACAUUGGGCGUGGGUACUGCUACAGGUCAAGUAUUACUCUACGACAUUAGAUCAAAUAAACCAUUGUUGGUAAAGGAUCACAUGUACGGAUUACCAAUCAGAGAUAUUGAAUUUCACAAUCAGAUGGGUAUGAUCUACUCUAUGGAUAGUUCGGUCGUUAAAAUUUGGGAUAAACAAACGGGCAAGCUGUACACCUCAAUAGAAGCACAGGCAGAUUUCAACAAUAUGUGUGUUGUUCCGAAUACCGGAAUGAUGUUUAUUGCUAAUGAAGAUACUAAGUUACAAACUUACUACAUACCCAGCCUAGGACCUGCACCUAGGUGGUGCAGUUUUCUUGAUAAUCUUACUGAAGAACUUGAAGAGUCUAACUUUGAUACUGUUUAUGAUGACUAUAAAUUCAUUACUGAGAAGGAACUGGACGAUUUCGGACUAGCACAUCUUAAAGGAAGUAACUUACUUAGGGCAUACAUGCACGGAUAUUUUAUGGAUGCUAGGCUCUACAGAAAGGCUAGAGACGUAGCUCAGCCUUUCAACUUUGAUGAAUAUCAGAGGAAACAGAUCAGAAAGAAAAUUGAAGAGGAACGUACGAACCGAGUGCAGGUUUCAAAAUUGCCAUCAGUUAAUAAACGUCUAGCUCAGAAAUUGCUGGAUAACGAAUUAGAUCCAAAAGCAAAACGGAAAACACCAAAUCUUCUCAAAGACAAUCGGUUCAAGCCAUUAUUUGAAGAUCCAAACUUUGAAGUGGACGAAAACACAGAGGAGUUCCGUUUGCUAAAUCCUGUAGUAUCACAACUUGCCAAAUCUAGAAGAAUAGAAUUAAACAAGAAACUUGAAGCUCAAGCUCGAUUUGACAUAGCCAGAGAAGAAGAAAACGCACUUGAAGGUAAACGAAGUUCGGAGGAAAGUUCAUUGUCGGAUGAUGAUAGUUCGGAUGACGACAAAGGCUGGGCUAAGGAAGUUCAGAAGCAGCACAAAUUAAUAAAGAGAGAGACGAGACAAAGAGAGUGGGAAGAAGAAAAGGCGCGAAGAGAAGAGAAUCAAGAAACAGAAGCAGUAGAUCGAUCAGAGAGCAAAUCAGCUAAAUUUUUCAAACUCAAAGAAGGCGUCGAGUUUAUGGGUAUCAGGACUGUCAGACAAAAACAAAACAAAGCGAGCCUUGGCCAAAGAUUGCAAGCUGAAGAAGUCAAUAGUGUCAGAAUGCUUGGUUCGUUGGGAAAUAGAGAAAUGACAUUCAGCACUAAAAAGCUAAAAAAAUCAGGUGGCUAUUCGGAAGAGAAAACAGUUAAGCAUUGUGCGGAGCGUAAGCGAUUGUCUCGUUCAGCGGGGAAAAUCGGCAAUAAAUUGAAGCCGAAAUUUUGGAACGGCAAAAGAGUUGUAUAGGAUCGACGGACGAAAACAAAAUGAAAAAAAAAAUCUUUUAUACUUACUUGUAAA